UUUACAUACUAAGCCCCGCCCGCCGUGGCGAGCAUGUUCGCACAUCCACCCGGGAUCAUCCGCAGAAAAGGAAGAAAAUCGCAGGCUGUCAGAAAAGUUUUCCUUCGGGAACGGGAUCGGGCUCGAUCGGGCACAGGACAGUCGCGGGAACGCGCUCGCGGGAUUAUCAAUAUUCACAAUAAACUGACAUUCAUCAUGGACGCGCUGAAAUCAGCCGGACGCGCGAUCAUUCGCAGUCCCAGCCUGGCGAAACAGUCCUGGAUCUCCGGAAAACACAAAAAGCUGCCGGAGAACUGGACGGACACGCGGGAGACGCUGCUGGAGGGGAUGGUGUUCCAGCUGAAGUAUCUGGGCAUGACGCUGGUGGAGGAACCCAAAGGAGAAGAGCUCUCGGCCGCUGCGGUCAAGAGAAUCGUUGCCACAGCUAAAGCCGGCGGGAAGAAGCUGCAGAAGGUGACGCUGAAGGUCUCUCCUCGAGGGAUCGUUCUCUACGACAGCGCAUCAAACCAGCUGAUAGAGAACGUGUCCAUAUACAGGAUAUCGUACUGCACAGCUGAUAAGAUGCAUGAUAAAGUGUUCGCCUACAUCGCUCAGAGUCAACGCAACGAAACGCUGGAGUGUCACGCGUACCUCUGCACCAAGAGGAAAGUGGCUCAGGCGGUGACGCUAACGGUGGCUCAGGCGUUCCGUGUGGCGUUUGAGUUUUGGCAGGCUGCUAAAGAAGAGAAAGAGAAGCAGGUGAAGAGUGGAUCAGAUGGAGAGGCGGCCAGCAGCUCUCAGUCCGAGAGUUCAGCCAGUCUGGGCAGCACAAGAGGAGGAGAGGUGGCCACUGGAGAUCUACUGGACUUUGAGUGUGGAGUAAAAGAUCAUUCAGGAAAAGACGGCGCACACCCGAUACAGAACCUCAGCACAGAGAACAACAACACUGUAUGGGAACUCGAGGAUGGUCUAGAUGAGGCUUUCUCAAGCCGCAGUCUGGACAGUUUUGAGUCCAACACAGACUCGCUGAGUCUCGCUCGAACCCCCAGGUGCUGGACAUUGGGGUAAACCCUCAGGACUACAACCCUGAAGAGUGCUUGUCGCCUAGCAACUGGGACAGAGCCGACGCCGAGGACGCGUUCGGGUUCUGAGCGGAUGAAUCGAGCUCGCGGCGCCCUCUGCUGGCCGUCGCUGGUACUGCGUCACAAAACUGAAUUCCACAAAAGCACAGACCAAAGCAAUACAGUAUAAACCCCUUUAUUUUUAUUUUUUUGCUUUCCCCCCAUUUUAUUUCAAGUACAAUUAUAUUUUCUGUUACUUUUCUUAAUUUUUUUAUGUAUGUGUAUAAAUAUAAAAUGUAUGUAUAUGACAAUAACUAUCAUAUUUGGUCAUUUAUUAUUAUUAUUAUUAUUUUUACUGGAUUUGAUUGCUGAGGCUAGCUUUGCAUACUAAAGAGUUAAAUGUCAUGUUUGAGGAUUGUGUGGGAUUUGCUUUUUUAGGGUUUGUACAUGUGAGUCAUACGAAAACGAGAUUAAUGAAAGAAAGUUACAGUAUACGUAAUAAACAAAAAAAGAGAAGGCAGGGUAUUUAUAUGAGACAAUCUUAUUUUUUUCUAUUAAAAUGUAUUUUUGCACUCCUGCAUCUGUUUCUAAAGCUCAUGAUUUAAUUUCUGCUCAUCAUAUGCCAUGGUUAUCUCAUCCAUUACAGUGUAAAGACUGUAAUUUCACGAUACUAUAAGGAUUUUGAUGAAAAUCAUGGAAUUAUCAUCAUGGUACUGUAAAAAAAGAAAAGCAAUGGAUCUCCAUGUUCAUGGAAACACCAGUUUUGUAACAUUACACAUAUUCCUCCGUACAGCAAUACAUUAUAUUCUCAUCAACUUCAACACUUGUGUUGAAAUAUAAACAUAAAUAAGCAAAAAACUGCUAUAUAUCACUGUGGAUUUGAUUGAAAGAAAAUACAAGCGGUUGUUUUGUGGUUUGAUCAGACUUCAUAAGGGAAGUUUAUAACACUCAGUGUUAGUUUCUGUUUGCAUUAAUCAUUUCAUGUUCAAUUAAAACUGUGAUGAAA